GGCCACGGGACCCUGCAAGCCUCCACAACCACCUGCAUCCCACACCCAGCUACCAAGAUGGCAUCAUCCGACCAGGCUUCUGGGCCAACACAUACUCAACCUCUGCCAGCGAGACAGGCAAGCGAAGAUCGCAUAGCAGCAGCAUUCAACCAUUUCUGGGCACGGUUGUGGGCCACGCUAACUCGGACCCAGGUGACUACAAUGGUCUCUCGAUUACCUACCACUCCACCUGCACACAAACCGGCUGCAAUUGUCACAACUACGCCGCCGACCGGUGCGAAACAUCAGAGGAGGAUGAGGGCUAUGCCCAGACCCGAGGGCCGCAGACCACGCAUCCAACACCACUUACCUGCGUCCCGACAUACUCAGAGACCCCCCACUCACGGCCCACUGCUCACCAAGCCAAAGCGACACAUUAG